AUGCAACACCGCCUCCGCUCCCUCCCACCCAGCCGUCGCCUCUCCUCGCAUCCCACUAUCCUCUCCCUUCCCGUCGUCGCCUCUCCCUCUCACCCCGCCGUAGGCGCUCCCUCCCACCCCGCCAUCACGUCUCCCUCCCUCCCAGCCGCCGCCGCCGCUCCCUCCCGUCCCACCGUCGCCUCUCCCUCCGCCGUCGCCUCUCCCUCCUCCCCGCCGUCGCCUCGCCCUCCGCCGUCGCCUCUCCCUCCUCCCCGCCGUCGCCUCGCCCUCCGCCGUCGCCUCUCCCUCCUCCGCGCCGUCGCCUCGCCCUCAGCCGUCGCCUCUCCCUCCUCACCGCCGUCGCCUCUCCCUCCUCUCCGCCGCCGCCUCUCCCUCCUCCCCGCCGUCGCCUCUCCCUCCUCUCCGCCGCCGCCUCUCCCUCCUCCCCGCCAUCGUCUCUCCUUCCCUCCCCGCCGUCGCCUCUCCUUCCCUCCCCGCAGUCGCCUCCGGCGUCAGGUGCGUUCCUGGCCUUUCAUCCACCCUUCUGCCUCUGAUAUUUCCUCCCUUUUUUUUGCUUCUUCGUAA